AUGUUUUUCCUAAAGUCUAAUUGGAAUAGCUCCUCAAGGAUUGCUGAAAAUCUGAACAACCUUGCUUCUCUCAUUAAAAAGUGGAAUAAUGAUGUUUUUGGUUUCACUUCCUAUAGAAAAAAUAUAAUUAUUGCUCGGCUGGAGGGAAUUCAGAAAUGUUCUGGCAACAACAAUGGUCGUUACCUAGAGAAGCUGGAACGAAGAUUAAACAAAGAGCUUGAGAAAAUCCUUGACCAAGAGGAACAAAUUUGGCACCAAAAAUCUCGAGAAGAGUGGAUCAGAGAUGGAGACCGCAAUACCAGAUUUUAUCACACCAAAACUAUGAUUAGAAGGAGCAUAAAUAGGAUAAUGAAGCUUCAAAAUGAUGUUAGGCACUGGGUGAAGGAAGAUGAUGAGCUAAUAUCUUUAGCUCAGAGUUUCUUUCUUAAUAUCUUUAAGGAGGACAACAUUGAUUCCGUUUGGCACCAAUUGACUUUUUCUUGGCUAGAGCUCAAUGAUGUUAAAAAAAAAAGGCUUAACAUUAAUAUUUCAGAUGUUGAUGUUAAAGCUGCCUUCUUUCAAAUGGCUGCUCUCAAAGCCCCUGGUCCUAAUGGUUUCCCUACUUUGUUUUUCCACUGA